AUGACAACUCUUCGACCAUUCGACGUCGAAGAUCUAUUCAAAUUCAACAAUGUUAAUUUGGAUAUCAAUACGGAAACAUACGGUUUCCAAUUUUACUUGCACUACAUGAUAAACUUCCCGGAAUACUAUCAGGUUGCUGAGCAUCCAAACGGGCAAAUCAUGGCGUACGUCAUGGGAAAAAUCGAAGGACGUGACACCAACUGGCACGGACACGUUACCGCCCUCUCGGUCGCUCCCGACUAUCGCCGACUUGGACUUGCUGCCUACAUGAUGGAAUACCUGGAAAAGACUUCUGAAGCUCGGAAAGCUUUCUUCGUCGAUCUCUUCGUUCGAGUUUCCAACACUGUCGCAAUCGAGUUGUACAAGAAGCUUGGGUAUGUCGUUUAUCGGCAAAUCAUUGGAUACUACACCGGUGAUCGUGAUGAAGAUGCUUAUGAUAUGCGAAAGUCACUGUCACGUGAUCCUGAGCGGAAGGCGAUGAUCCCUUUAAACCACCCCGUUCACAGUCGGGAUGUGGAUUAA